AUGGGUGACUGGAGCUUCCUGGGAAGACUGCUGGAGAAUGCACAAGAGCAUUCCACAGUCAUUGGCAAGGUCUGGCUGACGGUGCUGUUCAUCUUCAGAAUCUUGGUGCUGGGAGCUGCUGCAGAAGAAGUCUGGGGAGAUGAACAGUCUGACUUUACUUGCAACACGCAGCAGCCAGGCUGCGAAAAUGUCUGCUAUGACCAAGCCUUCCCCAUCUCCCACAUUCGCUUCUGGGUGCUACAGAUCAUCUUCGUCUCCACACCCACCCUCAUCUACCUGGGACACGUGCUGCACAUUGUACGCAUGGAGGAGAAGAACAAGGAGCGAGAUAAGGAGCUGCUGAGCAGAGACAGCCCACGGCCCGGGGCAGCAGGCCAGCAGCUGCCCAGCAAGACUGAGAAGAGAGAGAAGCUGCCCGUCCGUGAUGAUCGGGGCAGGGUCCGGAUAGCGGGUACUCUGCUCCGCACCUAUGUCUUCAACAUCAUCUUUAAGACUCUCUUUGAGGUGGGCUUCAUAGUUGGGCAGUACUUUCUCUAUGGCUUUGAGCUGAAACCCCUCCACCGUUGUGACCGGUGGCCCUGCCCCAACACAGUGGACUGCUUCAUUUCUAGACCCACCGAGAAGACCAUCUUCAUCAUCUUCAUGCUGGUGGUGGCCUGUGUGUCUCUCUUACUUAAUAUGCUGGAGAUCUACCAUCUGGGCUGGAAAAAACUCAAGCAGGGCAUGACUAACCGUUACAGCCCACAUGCCGCUGAGACCAGUAUAGUGGCCACCAAGCCUAGCGCCAUUAAUCCACUCCUCCUCCCCUCCCAGUCUGCCCCACCUGCUGUCACCAUUGGAUUUCCACCUUACUACACCCAUUCUGCCUCUUCCCUGGGACAGACAAUGGCCGUGGGAUACCCAGGAGCCCCUCCACCAACGGAUUUCAAAAUGGUAGCACUGUCUGAGGAGCACCGGAAAGGCCAUCCUGCUGGUCACUACAACUGUCACCACCUGCUGAUGACAGAACAGAACUGGGCCAACCAGGAGGCUGAGCAACAGGCUUCUGGAAGGAAGACCUGCCCACCGGCACCCACCUCUGCAUCCUCCUCUCAUCUAAGCAGCACUCCACAGCUCCCGCUGGAGAGCAGGAUAAGGAGUCCAGUGCCUCCCCUGCUGGUGACUGGGAGCACCAGCAGUCUGGGAGAGAGCAAGCUGGAAGUGAAUGCCAAGGAGCAGGCGCAGACAGGCACGACCAGACUGGACAUGCACACUCCUCCCCUGCUCCUUGGAGACCCGGGCUGGGCCAGCAAGGCCAGUAAGUCCAGCAGUGGGCGGGCCAGAGUAGAUGAUUUAGCCAUCUAG